UAACGCCGAGUAUCAUGCAAAGGAUCAGCUUAAUUAAUUUGUGUCUUCCAGCAAGGGUGUGUGAGGGCACGAGAAAUUGUUCUUUCGAUAGAAAUUAACCGCUUCUGAAGAAGAAAAUGUUCGCUUUGAGGUAUGUAGUAAAUACAAUUACCAAGGGAGCGAUGUGUGGUAUGCAAAGAAGCAUACCUUGUAAGUCUCCUGCUUUCGUCAGCUCUGGGAAUUUCGUGUUCCUCGGAAGCAGCUCACAAUCUAGAAGGAACUCCGCUGCUUAUUCCACUCUCGCGAUCUCUGCUGUAUCCAUGGAUGAUGAAGCUGUAAACAUCAGAUGGAAAGAUGGAAGCAUCACAAAACAUCACCACAUCUGGUUGAGGGAUCACUGUCACUGUGAGCAAUGUUACAACUCCAGCACUUUUCAGAAAGAAUUUAACAUCGUAGAUGUAUCCCUUGAUAUCAAACCAACUAAGGUUUCCAUACCUGAAGAGAACAACUUACGCAUUAAGUGGCCGGACAGCCAUGAAACAAGCUUUGACUCAACAUGGCUAAGACAACACUCCUACCACAUAGAACAAGGUACAUCAGGGUUGAAGAAACCAGAUCAGAAAGAGGAACUGUUCAUGUGGAACAGAGACACAAUUGAGCCAAAUGUUCCUAGCCAUUUUGAUUUUUCCAAGGUUGUCUCAAGUGAUUAUGAAGUUUCCACACUGUCUCAAUGCAUCAUGAAGUAUGGGUUUGCAUUUGUGGAAAACACACCAACUAAAGUUGGUGCUAUUGAAGAAAUAUCCACGAAGUUAAGUGGCUAUGUCAUGGAAACACACUAUGGGAAAUUAUGGGAAUUUUCCAACGAGGUCAUGGAGCAUGCUGACACUGCUUACACAGCAAGUUAUCUUCGUGGACAUAUAGACAACACUUACUUCUCCAAUCCAGCAGGGCUUCAGAUGCUACAUUGUGUGGAACAUGAAGGAAGAGGGGGAAUGAACUUGUUAGUGGAUGGCUUCUUUGUGGCUGAGCAACUGAGGAAAGAUGACAGGGCUUCCUUUGAUUUCUUAACAUCAACAACCAUUCCUUUCCAAUACAAGUCUGAGGAACUGCACUUGAAAGCCAAUGGACCAAUCAUAGAGCUUGAUCCCUUUGAUGGAACAAUUUCCAGGAUAAGAUUCAACACUUAUGACACACAAACUUUGGACUGUUUGAAUUAUGAGGAUGUUGCUCAAUAUUACAAAGCUUUGAAAGCAUUCACUGAGCUCACCUGUGCACCUGAAAACCAGCUGUGGUUCAAACUAGUUCCUGGUUUGCUACUCAUCAUGGGUAACUGGAGGGUGCUCCAUGGUAGGUCAUCUUUCACUGGAAAGAGAACCAUGCAAGGCUGUUAUGUGAAUGGCGAUGACUUUUUUGGAAAGUACAGAGCAAGAGCUCUUGCCAUGAACAAAACUCAAGAUCCUGACAAUGAUAGGUCUAGCUGUAAACAAAAUCCUGGUUACAAGUAAUCUAUAGGCAGUGUAAUAAGUCCUAUGAUCAUAAAGUGCAAGUGCUCAAUGGAAACUGUCUCAAAGAUGAUCUCAUUAUCUACUUACUCCAUUACCACUCCAAG